AUGACAACACCCAGUGGUGGAUUGUUAAAGAAGUGGUUGGAGGAGCGUGCUAAUGUGGCAUCUGCGGGUACGGGGAGUGCGAAUGCCGAGAAGGAGGCCAAGGACAUUACCGACAAGUUGAAGAAAGAUUUGAAGGAAGCAUGGAAUAAAUUGCAAGCGUCCUUGACGAAGGGGGAGGCGCAGGAAAUGACAGAUCUGUGUUCGCAGAACAGGACAUGGUCCAGGACGACAGGGUCCACGACAGAAGAGGAAUAUAAGAAAGAUUUGUGCAAAGCGGUAGUGGAGUUGAGAUAUUUCACCGCGGGUGGAGGAACGGUAGGCGUGAAAGAAUUGAACUUCGAUAAGAGCAUAACCGAAGAUCAGUGGUAUCCCCGCUGUGCCGUGGGUGCACUGGCCCUAUCUGAACUAUACGGGGAUCAUUGUCAUUUGGAGAAAGUCGUAAAUGAAAUAUCAUCUACCGUAGAGGAGAAGUUAAAGGGACAUAGGAGUAGGGGAGCAGAAUUAGAUAAAUGUACGAACAUGAAGAUAACCGAUUUAGUCAUCGCUAAAGCAUUUCUGCACGAUGAAAUCAAGGAAUGGACGGAAGGGAAAAGAGCAGGAGGUCGGGCGAACGGAAGCUGGAGAAUAGGACAGUUGUGGGAAAAAAAGUGGAAUCCCGUUUGUCCGCAGGGUAGGGGGAUGGCUCAAGCAAAGAAGCAUUAUUUAGAAGAAAAUAAGGCAACUGUUGUAUCGUUUUCCGGAAUAAAGGACGAGGGGGACCCUAAAAAUGAUCGAUCGUCCACCUUAGCAGACAUACUGACGAAGCCUGAAUUAACUCUAAAAGAGGAAACCAUAGAGAAAGCACUUACAGCAGCAUUCGCGGGUGGAACUUCUGUGGACACAAACAUCUUAACGCAGACGUUAGAGAAGGAAACUCAGCGCAAAAGAG